AUGUCAUCCGCAGUCAAAUAUUUUUACAAGGGUAAGGAAACUGAUUUAAUUGUGUUCGCCACAUCUAUAGAGGACGUCAAUGAAUACCUGAAGGAACCAAGUAUCGGUAAGCUAUCACAAGUCGUCGAGGUCUUCAAGGUCUUCUCUAAUGACCAGGGUUCCGGUGCUGAAGGUAACUUAGGUGAAGCUUCCAAGGCUCAAGUGCAGAAUGAGUUUGGUCGCAAGAAGAUUGAAGAAAUCAUUGACUUAAUACUGAAGGAAGGUAAGCCUAACGCUUCUGUAGGUCAAGUGAAGAAGAGUUUCAACUGA